AUGACCGUCCAUCAUGCAACGGCGCUACUCGUAGCGGCCAUGGCGGCUCUUCUCCUUUGCCCCGCAGCUCUGCCAGCGGCAGCGGCCGCACCCACCAUGUUCCGCUCUUCCCGCCGCCUCACAACCUCCCCGAGACUCGGCCUGUUCGGCCUUCCGCAAUCGUGGUUUCGCGGCGGAGCGACCGCCGGUGCGCAGCACGAUCGCUCGCUGAUCGAGCAGGCCGAAGGAAGCGCGGGCGCAGGUGGCGCAGGCGUGGGACAAGGACCCCCCGACGCCAGUGCCGGCGCAGUUGGCGCAGGCGGUGCAAAUGGCGCAGGCGAAGCACUGGCCAACGGCGGAGGCAGCGGAGCAACAGACCAAGGCCCCACCGGCGGCGCAGGCGGCGCAGGCAGCGCAGGCGCUCCCGCUAACCAAGGCCUCCCCGACACCGGCGCAGGCGGCGGACCCACUGGCGCCAGUGGCGCUGGUGGCGCAGGCCAAGGACACGCCAACACCGGCGCAGAUGGAGCAGGCGUCGGCCAAGGACCCCCAUCCGACGCAGGCGGAGCUGGCGGAGCGACAAACCAAGGGCCUACCGGCAAUGCAGGUGGCGGGGGCGCCAACCAAGGACCCCCCGACGCUGGCGCAGGCUCCGGCGAAGGACCCGCUAACACCGGCAGCGGAGGCAGCGGAGAGAAGAAACAAGGGCCCACCGGCGCAGGCGCAGGCGAAGGCGCAGGCCCAGGCGCAGGCGCAGGAGAAGGAGCAGGCGCAGGAGCAGGAGCAGGCGCCCCCGGCGACCAAGCACCUGUGGACGCGGCCGGCCGCCCAGGCGCUAACCAAGGGCCCACCGACGCUACUCAGCCGGAUGCCGCCGUGGCGCAUGGCGGAAAUCGCGCGGAGCCUUCGUCGGGAGUGCGCAUGCGGGACUUGGUGGUGUGGCGGGCCGCCAGGUUCCAACUGAAGUCGCGCGAAGCCCAGGCGCACAUGGCGGCCGGUAAGGCCAAGGUGGCCGAGGCGCAUUUCCGCGCUUCGGCGCUGGAGAAUGCAACGGACGGGGAGGCUUGGUCCGGGCUGGCGCGCAGCUGCGUGGAUCAGAUGGCGCUGGUGGCGGAGAGCGUGGAGGAGGCAGCGGGGAUGAUAUCGAGCGGCGGCGAGGACGUGAAUCUGCCGCGCAUCCACCUCUCCAACGCUGUCACGCUCGCGCUCGACUGCGCCGAGGGAUUCGACCUCUUCGCGCCGGGCAGCUCCCGCGACCCGCGCGUCAACGCCCUCCAGGAAGCAGCGAUGGACACGCGGGCGUCGGUGAUGGAGGCGCUGGGGCGAGCAGCGGACAUGGCGGUCAUGAUCGCAGCAGGCGACAGCGCUGCCGCUGCCGUGCCUUCGCCCUCGCCCACCCGCCGCCGCCUGCUGCAAGCCACCGCUGGCACAGGGACAGUCGGUGCCAUCACGGUGGCCAAUCCCCACAACUCCAUCCCCGUAACCAGCACUACUGGCAAUCCUGGUAUCAUGCCUGGCGGCGGCAGCCCCACCUCAGCCAACAACACUGCUGGGGUCCCUGGCGUGCCCUUCAACACCACUGGCUGGAUGCACCCUGGCGGCCCCAGCCCUCCCCCUCCUCCUUCCCCCCCUCCUUCUCCGCCUCCUUCUCCGCCUCCCUCUCCCCCUCCUCCUUCUCCCCCCCCUCCUUCCCCUCCUCCUUCCCCCCCUCCCCCUUCGCCUCCCCCUCCGUCUCCCCCUCCGCCUUCCCCUCCCCCUCCUUCCCCUCCUCCCCCUUCCCCUCCCCCUCCCUCUCCACCUCCGUCUCCCCCUCCGCCUUCCCCUCCCCCUCCCUCCCCGCCUCCUCCCCCUCCAUCCCCUCCCCCUUCCCCUCCUCCCUCCCCUCCGCCGCCUCCCCCACCGCCCGCACCGCGCAUCACCCCCACGGUCACCGUGGCACAGGAUGGUUCCGGGGACUUCCUCGCCGUGCAGGAUGCGAUUAAUGCGUACCCGGUGGGGUUCAAGGGGCGUUACGUGGUGUUCAUCCGGCCGGGCUUGUACCGUGAGAAGGUGUUGGUCAACUCCACCUGCAAGAACGUCACCCUCCUGGGGCUCACUUCCGCAUCCACCAUCAUCUCCUGGAACGACAAUGCCACUGUCGGCACCUUCCAGUCCGCCACUGCUGCUGUGGAGGCGAGUGGCUUUGCAGCCAUCGGCAUUCGCUUUGAGAACACGGCGGGGAAGAUAGGGAACCAGUCAGUGGCGUUCAGGCAGACGGGCGACAACGCCGCUUUCUACGAGUGCGAGUUCCUCGGCUGGCAGGACACACUCUACACGCAUGGUGGGCGGCAGUACUACCGUAACUGCUACGUCAACGGGACGGUGGAUUUCGUCUUUGGCAACGGCGCGGCUGUGCUGGACAACUGCACGUUUGUCAUCCGCUCGCACUCCAAAGCGCCGCUCACGGCGUCGGGGCGAACCAACUACACGGAGAACACGGGCAUCGUGAUCCUCAACUCCGUCAUCAAGGGCGACCUUGUCAACAAGACGUACCUCGGCCGCCCCUGGAAGCCCUAUGCGCGAGUGGCUGUCAUCAACACCACAAUCAGCAACGUGAUUAAUACAACUGGCUGGCUGGACUGGAAUGGUGUAGUGUACAACACUACUACGUACAUCGAGCAAGGCAACAGUGGCCCCGGGUCGGUGGGGCCGCGCAUAGCGUGGGCACUGCCAGGCAUCGUGACUGACCCUGCCCUGGUCGCCAUGUACUACCCCAACAGCUUCCUCGCCCCCUUCUCCUCCAUCGCCAACCUCAUUCCCUUCCCCUGGCUCUAA